GUAAGGGAAGCACUUUGCUGUCUAACUGUCUGGCACAGGAGCACAAGCCUCUGGCCUGCGGUCAUAUGGAUCUACCAGAGUGUGAUCACAAUGCAAUAACCAUUUUCUGGCUGGGAACCGAGGGAAUCUAGUUGAGCCGUUGAAAAUACAUUGUCUUGAUCCGGGUGCACCAUCAUCCUAUUGGUGGUGUGAACAAGGAAGGAAUUCCUCUAUCGGAGCUCCAACAACAAAGGAGAGAGGGAGAGGAGCGGAGCUGGUGGGAGGGGAGGAGGGGGUGUUGUGAGAGGGGAGAGGAGGACAUUGUUUGCCUGUGGCUGUGAGCAACGGAAAGCAUGGGUUAUCAGGGCUUGUGUGUUUUUGUUUAGAGAGUGUGUUUUGAUGUGAGGAUGUCUGAGUGAGUUGUGAGUGUAUGUGCGUGAGGAGACUUCUUGGGAAGGGAGGGAGGCCAAUUCAAAGGAUGCUCAAACAAGGCAGGAAUUUUUUUCUCUCCUUUUUGAAUGGUGACUGAGGACUAGCUGAAUUCCUUUGCUCUAGCCGUUGUGCCUCAUCUCUGCUCCAGGGCAUCUGAAGGAUCUCCUGCAUGCAUGGCAGAGGGGCCCACUCUCGCCUAUUACCUCACUAUCCCCUGGGCUGAAAGGUUAUGGGUAAUCUGAUCAGCCGGCCCAGCUGCCUGGGCCAGAAGUCCAAGCAGGUGAGGUCCGACGAGGACUUCCUGAAAGAGUGCUACCAGCGGCGCCGCGAAUGGCAAGCUCCGCCCCUGACGCACCACGGGGAGACCAGGCGGGAGGAGGUGGUCAGAGAGAGGGAGGAGGAGGAGGAGGAGAGGGUGACAGACAGGACGAAGGAGGAUGAGGUAGAGGAUGAGGUGUCUCACAGCAACACCCCUCCCUCGGACAAACCCCUAAGGACCAACCCCUCCCCCGCCCCCACGGUCACCACCACCAGUACUCUGGACAAUGCCUGGCAAGGCACCCCCUCCCCCAUCAAGACUUCCAGGAACAGCACCCUGACUAGGAAGGCCGUGGUCCAAGAGAUCCCCUAUGGGAGAUCCCCUCUAGCCCAGCCUGGCUCAGUCCCAGGCUCAGCGGAGAGGAGGGCCAGCCUCCAGAGGAAAGACUCCAGAGAAGGAAGCCUCCAAAGGAGAGACUCUAGAGAGGGCAGCCCCUGGUCCUGGAAGACCUUGGCCUCCCGCGAGGUCACGGAGGUGACGGAAGUGACAGAGACAGUUGUGACAGAGAUUGUGGAGGUGACGGAGUACCCGUCUGGAGAGAAGGGCGGAGACCCCAUAGUCACCAGGACUGUUAGGGUUCUGACUGGAGCAGCUGAGGAACUCGCUGAGCUGCAAAGUGAUGGACAUUCUAGUUCAGACCAAGAUUCCAGCUUGGAUCGUUGGAGGGGAACGAGAUCUGUCUUGACUCUGAGAGAUGAUUUUGCAGAUUCUGAAACGUUCCAUCAAUCCCUGGAAGCACUGUUGACCUGGGUCUGUGAGAUAGAGGAGCUGACAGCCAAUCAGAAGCCUCCAUCUUCAGAGGUCAAAGUAGUGAAAGCACAGCUGCAAGAGCAGAAGCUCCUGCAGCGUCUCCUGGAGGACCGAAGGCAUAGUAUGGACACCAUGAUGCUGGAGGGCCCUCAUAUGGCCGAGGCCUUCCCAGGGGAGGAGGGGGAGCAGGCCAGGGUCCAGCUCUCCACGCUCAGACACAAAUGGGAGGCCUUACUGGUAGAUGCGGUGAACAGGCGGGGCAAUCUGGAGCUCAUCCUGCCCAGGGCCAAGCUCUUCCAGGAGAGGGUGGACAGCCUGCAGCAAUGGCUCAUCUCUGUGGAGCAGGACCUGGCCAAGCUACGCAAUGCUGAGAGGGAAAUGCUACACCUCCCCGAGGGUACGGAGGAAGCCAAGGCUGUGGUGGAAGAGAUCAAGGCGAAAAACGCUGACUUGGUGAAAAUUCAACAGAGCGGUCAUGACCUCAAGGAGAAGAUUUCAGAAGAGGAAGCCCAGCAGGUGCAAGAGCGUGUGGACAGCCUGAGGAUACGCUGCUCGGUGUUGAGCCUGACCAGUGGUGACGUGCUGCAGAGACUGGAGCAGGCCCUGGAGGCAUCCAGCCGCUGUACCUCCAGCCAGGAAGACCUCCACCUGUGGCUGGGCCGCAUCGAGAGGGAACUGCUGGGGCCUGCUGGGGGGCAGACUGGGGGUGGAGACACGGCGCUCUGUGCUGCAGAGAGACAGAGGUUGGAGCAGGCUGUGGUGAAGGAGAUGGCCUGGUUCAGAGACACUGCCCUAGGCCUGGAGCAACUCAAAGCCAUUACUCUGGAGCCUGAGCUUAUCUCUGCCCAACUCUAUGAACAGAAGAUCCUUGCGGUGGAGAUUCUGCAACACAAGUUCAACAUUGAGAAGAUGGUGAAGAUCGCUGAAAUCUUGCAGACAUACGGCGAUGAAGGGGAAAUAACUGAUCUGCAGACCCCGUUGGAUGGCUUACAGGAACAAUGCAACACCACAUCAGCCACCAACUCCCAUGUGGUCCUGCAGCUGGAGCAUGCCCAAUCCCUCUUGGUUCAGUUCACUGAGGGCUUUGCUGAGGUGUCACCAUGGCUACAGGAAACCCAAGCGCUCAUUGGCCAGCUCUCCCUGAGCACCAUUAGCUACAAGGCAUUCCGAGAACAACAGGACCUCUUACAGGGCCUAAGGGAGUCCAUAGCAGAGCAUAGACCUCUGAUAGCACGGCUGUGCUCGCUGGGGAAGCGUCUGUCAGAGCUUAGUCCCGCCCAGGGGGAGGAGUUCUGUCAUAGCGCCACAGAGGCUGAGGAGCAGCACAGGGCCAUCAGGGACAGGGUCAGAGAGGCUGCCAAUCUGCUGGAAGAGUCCCUGCCAAGAUACACACAGUUGAAUGAGAGGAUGACGCUGAUUAGAGAGAGUCUGGAUCGUCUGCUUGGCCACAUGCAGUCCCCAGUCUCUCUGCAGGGCCAGACCCCUCGCAUCCAGGAGCAGCUACAGGACAACAAGCACACCCUGGCUGAGCUCUCCAAGCUGGAGCUGGGGCUGGGGAGUGUCCGGACCCAGGCUGACGAGCUCCUGGCCAACACGCUGGCAGCUGGGGACGCCUCCAUCGGUACAGCGAUCCAGGAGCAGGUGUCCAGCCUGACCCAGCUGUGGGAGGAGGCUCAGACGCAGGCUCAGGAGAGAGAUGGCUGGCUGCUCAAUCUGCUGGACCUGGCUCUCAAGUUCUGGAGCGAUGUUAGUGACGUGGCGGCCGGCCUGAACGAUGCCCAACAGGCUGUCCUGGACCUGAACGCCAGUAGGACAGACUCAGAGACCAUCCGCCAGAGCCUGGAGACCAUGCAGACACUCAGGAAGGACAUUGACAGUCUACAGGGGGAGCUGGACACGCUUGGCAUACUGGGAAUGGACCUGAUGUCAGCAUGUGGGGAUACAGACAAACCUGAUGUCACCAAGAGCCUAGAUGAGCUCUACUGCACAUGGAACAACCUGAGUAAACUCUGGAGUGAGUGUCACAAAACGCUGGAGGAAUCUUUACAGAUGGCUCUACACUACCAGGACACCAUACAGGGGCUUUUCGAGUGGCUCAGGUCAGCAGAGCUGAGAUCCACAGAGGAGUUCUUGGUAGGAACUGACCUGGAGUCAGUCAAAGAGCAACUGUGUGAUCUCAAGGACUUUAAACGGGAGCUGUACCAGAAGAAGAUCGAGGUGGAGAGCCUGAACCACCGCUUCGUGUGCAGGCUGUCUCCAGGCUCUGAGCGUCCCGGAUCAGUCUCUCCCCUGUGUGACUUCAGACAGCGCUGGGACAGCCUGGAGGCAGAGACCGUCAGCAGACAGCAUCAGUUGGAGUGUGCUCUGCUGGGUCUGGGUCAGUUCCAGAACACUCUGGACGAGCUGCACACCUGGCUCUCCCACACAGCCGACCUCCUCCAGGGCAGCCGCCCAAUCAGCAUCGACCUGCAGGCAUGCGAGAUAGAGCUGGCCAAACACAAGGUGCUGCGUAAUGACGUCAUGUCCCACGUGCGUACGGUGGAGUCUUUGAACCAGGCGGGGCGGGGCCUGUUGGAGGUGGGGACUGGGGACAGCCCUCACGGUCUGCACCUGCGGCUGGAGCAGCUGAACGAACGCUGGGAGUUUGUCCGCUGUGAGACAGAGCGCAGACAGCUACGGCUGGAGAACAACCUCAGUCAGGUCCAAGAUGUUACCAUGGAGAUCCAGGACCUUCUUCAGUGGUUGGAGAACACAGACCUGAGACUGUCCUCCAGUAAGACAGUGUGGGGGAUGCCUGACUCUGCCAGCGAGAGGCUCAAUGCACAUCUGGAACUGUGUAAUGAGAUGGACUCCAAGCUCCAUGCCUACACAGACGUGAGGAACGCCAUCCGCAGGAUGUUGGAGAGCAGCAACGUGACCCGGGGCUCCAGCACGGAACACAGCCUUUGUAUCCUGGAGCAGAAGUGGACUACCGUCUAUGGGAAAGUACAGGACCGCAAGGCUAAGCUAACCGAAGGGUUGAGCCUGGCGAAGGAGUUCCACUGUAAUGUCCAGGAGCUGCUGACCAGGAUGGCCAAGUGUGAGGAGGCCAUAGGAGUCCUGCCUGUCCCCAGCUUUGUCCUGGACACAGUCUGUGGCCAGCUUCAAGACCACCGGACUCUGGUGAGUGAGGUGAACUGCUACGGUGAGAAGAAGACAGUGGUGGAGACUGCAGGCUCCAGGCUGACCGAGUUGAGCAGGAAGGAGGACUGUGACGUGGUUCACAACCUGAUCAUGACCGUACACGACCGCUACAGGAAACUUCACCAGCGAGCCACAGAGAGGGGCCGAACACUAGAGGACGUCAAGAAGAAUGCAAAACAGUUCAGUGAAUCUUGGCGCCUCCUAGUGGACUGGAUGACUGAGGUGGAGCAGACGCUGGACACACAUAAAGAGAUUGCUGUGGACCACGAGGAAAUUAAACUGCAGCUCACCGAACAGAAGGACUUCCAGAAGCUUCUGCGCUCGAAGCGACCCAUGUAUGAGGCCACUCUAAAGAGUGGGCGGGGCCUCCAUGAGAGGUCUCAGAGCGCCCAGGACAGACAGCACCUGGAGAACCUGCUCUCUGAGCUCCGGGACUCAUGGGAUACCAUCAGCGGCAAAUCCAUGGAAAGGCAACACAAACUGGAGGAAGCACUGCUGUUUUCAGGCAGAUUCACAGACGCCCUUCAAGCCCUGAAUGACUGGUUAUACAGAGCAGAGCCACAGCUGGCUGAAGACGUACCUGUCGGCGGGGAAAAAGACAUGGUCAACAAUCUGAUCGACAAGCACAAGGUGUUCCAGAAGGAGUUGGGGAAGCGAGCCGGGUGCAUUAGGACCCUGAAGCGCUCGGUGAGGGACCUGACCAGGAGCAGCACUGCUGAUGCCCAUUGGUUGCAGGAGCAGAUGGACGAAUUGGAGGCACGAUGGGAGGACGUGUGUAAACUGUCCGUAUCCAAGCAGGCCAGGCUGGAGGCAGCCCUUCAACAGGCUGAGAAGUUUGACAGGUUGGUCCACUCCUUCCUGGAGCAUCUGGCGGAGGCAGAGAGGGUGCUGAGGUACGGGGUCAUCCCUGAGGAGGAGGAAGCUCUGCUGGCCUUCCGCAAACAACAUGAGGAGUCAAUCACUUCCCUGCGCUCCCAGGAGAUGGAGCUAGAGAGCAUCCGGUGUCUGAAUGAGGAAAUCCUGUCCUCCUGUCAUCCAGACUCCAUCAUCACACUCAAGUCCUGGAUCAGCGUCACCAAGACCCGCUACGAAGAGGUGCAGACUUGGGCCCAGCAGCAGGGCCAGAGGAUCCAGGCCAGCCUGUCUGCUCUGGAGGCUGAGCGGGAGAAGCUACAGCGUCUACUGGACUGGAUCUCAUCCGCCGAGGAGGCCCUCAACCUCAGAGACCAGGAGCCACCGGCUGAGAGCAUAGAACACAACCAGGAACUCAUCGUCCAACACAUGGUAUUCAUGGAGGAGCUGAAUCGAAAACUACCAGAGGUUGAACAUGCCACAAAAUCCUGCAAAGUGAAGCUGAUCCCCAAACAGCAGGCUUCACCGUGCCGCAAGGCACUGACAAAGAGGAGGAGCACUCUGAAACUCCAGCCUACAGUAAUCCCUCUCCCCCUGGAGAACCUGGACCCUCAGACCCCUCAGCUAUGUCAGCUGGUCAGCCACUGGCAGAAACUCUGGCUCCUGGCUCUGGCCAGACAGGGCCGCCUAGAGCAGCACGAGCAGGGACUUCAAGAGAUGGAUGAAUUUGCGAAUUUCGACUUCAACGUCUGGCGAAAGCGCUACAUGCAGUGGAUCAGCCACCUCAAGUCUCGGAUCCUAGAUGUGUUCCGAAACAUCGACAGGGACCAGGACGGACGAAUCAGCAAGAAGGAGUUAAUCGACAACGUCCUGGCAUCCAAAUUCCCCACCAACUCCCUGGAGAUGAAUGCAGUGGCCAAUAUCUUUGACAUGAAUGGGGACGGUUUCAUUGACUACUAUGAGUUUGUGAGUGCCCUCCAUCCCAGCCGGGAUCCCUACAGGAGGACGCUAGAUGCAGAUCAGAUCAACGAGGAGGUGGGUCGACAGGUGUCUCAGUGCAACUGUCCCAAGAGGUUCCAGGUGGAGCAGAUCAGUGCCAACCGCUACAGGUUUGGGGAUUCCCAACAGUUGCGGAUGGUGCGUAUCCUGCGCAGUACCCUAAUGGUACGGGUGGGAGGAGGCUGGACAGCACUUGAUGAAUUCCUGGUCAAGAACGACCCUUGUAGAGUGAAAGGUCGGACGAACCUAAAGAUAAAGGAGAAGUACUUGUUCGACAACUCUCGGAGAGGAGGCUCAUCUAAAACCCUGACGGUCAGCAGGUCCAACUCCAGCCUGAGUCUCUACAGCAGCGCCUCGGCUCCUAGCAGCCCCCUAACACGCAAGGCCUUACUGCGGAGGAGUCUCUCAGGUGACCGCUGCAUCCGGCCCAGGAGCUCCAUAGCUGCUCUGGGGUCAGAUCUACAGUUCUCCACUGCGGGGGAUGACGAUUCUCUUUCACCAUCAGAGGAAGCUGAAAGACUGCCCACAUGAUGAGGAAGGUAUGUCCACAACACGCAUCAUGUGAACGGCACAGUGAUGAGCUCCACCACAGCCUUGGGGUCCAGAGAGAGAGAGAGAGAGAGAGAGAGCGAGAGACCAACAAGACAAGGCCUCAGUCACAAACUCCACAACCUUCAGAAAGUGAUACAAAAGGGCCAGAUACACUAUUGGACACUGUGUUUGCAGGCUCUCUGGAGAGCCAUCGAUUGGUCAGCUAGGGAUCUGGACAUGACCUCUGACCUAAACCUGGACAUAACCCACUACUCUCCUCUCUGAGUCGUUAUAUUGACAUAGUCAUCAUUUCGAUCAUCUGAACAACUUCAAUACUGGCUUUCCGAAUAUGACAGUAUCCGAGAAUAAAGAUAUUGGAACAGUCUGCAUGGAUACGAAUCGCAUGGCGGCUAUCGGCAAAGCUUACAAUCUACAACAUUUGUUUUACCCCUGCACCCUUAUAACGAUGUCAGGGCAAGCUGUGAUCAAGCAACGGUGUGGCCUGAAGCUAAAUCACAAAACUCUGCAAGAACAAACGCGUGUAUUAGCAGAAACUGGAUCAUCGUUUUCUAAGCUAUAUGAAGUCAGGGUUUCAUCAGCGACCGUCAUAAUUAGUUCCCUUAUGUUACUGUGUGUACUGCAUUUCUCCUUUGAAGUAAGUGGGUCUGUAAAAUGCGCUCAAAUGCAAGUACGUGAAGGUGUGCUAGUAGACGCUGUAUUUAGUAACAAGACACAGACCGUCCAAAGGAUGAUGCCAAAGCCUACAGAGCCAAUGGUUCCAUCAUCUUUCACCGUUGUAAUUCUUUUCCCAUGACAUAAUAGGAAACACUAGCCUGGUCCCAGAUCUGCUUGUACUGUUUCGCCAACAGCGUCCAUAGGAGUUUGCAAGCCAGCACAAACAGAUCUGGGACCAGGCUAAGGAAACACUGCUGGCGGGGCCACAUUGCUGUUUCAUGUUACAACUUCAACCUGAACAGACGCUACACUGUCAGUGUAAAGGUUUCUUUUUAACGUCCUGUAAGUAUUGUUUUAAAUGCUACAUUUUAAGGUCAAAACGUGUAUGAAGAUGGGCAUGGGUCAUUGUUUUGUUGAGAUUAUUUUCUCAGGUUUGGUUUUGCCUUUUGAUGUUUAAGGGUUGAAUGUUUACGUGGAACAUUACUGUGAGAUUGUAGAUGUACUUUUUAUGUCACCGCUGAGAAGCCAGUGGAGGUUUUAUAUGGCGGGACAUUUGAAGGGCAAGUUGUGUUCUUCACACAUGAACUUCUCCCCAUGGAAUGCACUUUUUCUUUGGUUUGGUUCUGUAUGUGUGUGUCACUUUUUGUGAUUUAAUUCACUUAGUUUCAGUGUUUAAGACUAGAGAAAUAGACGGGAGUUUAUUUGAUUUCUGAUGAACAACUGUAGGGUUUCACAGGGUGUGGCCCUCCCAAAAUACAAAAGUGUAGUUCUCAAUGAGAUCUUGGCUUUCUUUCCUCCAUUCGGUCUUAAUUCUGACUAUUUUAGGCAAAGCAACACAUUCAUUUAUGUCUCUUUCCUCCUUUUGAGCCUAGGCAUAAAAGCAAAAUGUCCCACCUAUAGCAAACGUUCCCCACGUGUGUCUCAAACAAUUACACCUCUGCAUACAACAACUGUCAGACAGAGGGUUGAUGCCGCUCACCAUGACUGUGCCGGUGCUACAAUUCAUAUCAAUAUUAUAAACCCCAAAGAAAACUGUAUAUCAUGUGACCCGCUUGUGAAAGUCUACACCCUCAACUCUACCUCAGACAGAUGAGGUGUGAGGCUUGAGGCUGACGAUGUCCUAAAAUGGACAACGUACAAAUAUUUUGUCUAUAGGUGGCAUCUGGACUUGUCCCUGCUUAAUCUUGUAUUGUGCUUGCCUUCUCUAUGGUUUACUGUAUAUCUGGUAAAUUGUACCACUGUAAGCAAGUGUGUGUGUGUUACCACUGUUAGCAAGUGUGUGUGUGGGCAUGUGUUAAGUAUGGGUUUUCAUUUUUUUAUUGAGACUGGUCCAAGAAAGGUACAAUCUUACAUGACAAAAGCAAUGGAUUGUGUACUUUACAUGUGUGUACACAAUAAGGUUUGGGCUUAUGCAGUUAUGAUUAAGAAAAACAAAAAACAAAAUGUCGAA